UGAGAGGCGUUGCUUGUCGUCUUCCAACCCGGAAACGUCCGCUGUUGUCGUCGCCGUGUCCGGUAGGACUGGGGUUAUAUAUCGAGUUCGCCUUUCACCUGAAAAGAAAUGGCAGGUUCAGGAAAUGAGGACAACCAGAGAAGGACAGCUGGUAGCUCUGCUCCAGAAACUGUGCAGAGCCCUGUUUUGCGCAUCACCCAGUUGGAUGCCUUCGAGCUGGACUCGGCCCUCGAGCAGCUGGUGUGGACCCAGUUCUCCCAGUGCUUCCAGAACUUCCGUCCCGGCCUGCUCACCCCUCUGGAGCCCGAACUGAGGGCUCUGCUCCACCUGCUCCUGUGGAGGUUCACACUCUAUUCCGGCAGCGCCACUGUGGGCCAGUCUUUACUAAGCCUUCGCUACCACAGCACUCUCUCCUCCUCUCCGCGUUACAGACCUCUGUCCCGCAGGCAGAAGUUGGGUCUGGCGCUGCUCACCGCAGGCCCCCGCUGGCUCCAGGAGCGCUCCCAUAGCCUGCUGCUGUGUUUGGGUACGAGUUCAGGAGGAGCCGCGUCUGAAAGAGACAACAGUUUGCUCCAGCGGGGUCUCCGUAGUUUCCUUACACUUGUCUCUGGCGUUGCCCAGCUCGCAAGUCUCAUCAACUUCCUCGUGUUCCUAAGACAAGGUCGCCACCCUGUCCUGGCUGAAAGGAUCGUGGGGGCUCGGGCAGUUUUCAGCAAGCCCAAUGUGGUCCGUGACAUAAACUACCAGUACAUGAACCGGGAGCUGAUGUGGCACGGCUUUGCCGAGUUCCUCAUCUUCCUUUUACCACUGAUCAACACAGGGAAACUGAAGGCAGCAGUCUCCUCGAUUGUUUUUGGUCGACAAAGUGCAACCGGGGAGGGAAUGAGAGAGGAGCGAGGGCUUUGGAAGGAGUGCGGACUUUGCGGAGAGUGGCCCACAAUGCCUCAUACGGUGGGUUGCCAACAUGUUUUCUGCUACUACUGCAUCAAAAGCCACAGUAUUUCAGACGCUUGCCUCACCUGUCCCAAAUGUGGCGUUGAGGCAGGGCAGCCUGAGCCGGUCAAGAUGAACGUGGAGAUGAUAGGCAGGCAAUGAUGUGAAGAAGCACUCGGGACUGAGUUCAUUUUUGAAAUCGCAUGAACUUGAAAUUCAAAUAGAAUUGGUGGUUUAUACGUGUCCAAACUGUAUACACACGCAGGGAAUAGACUCAUCACCUAUGUUAUAAUGCAAAUUUACCUUAAGGUUUCAAUAUUUUGGAAAAAAUUACAGAAGUAUAUUAAAACAUUUCUGAAGAAUCGGUUUCAGUGUCUGUGUCCGUGAGCAGCCCUGCUUCUUUUCUUUUUUUUUAAGAUUCACAAUGUAGUCGUGACUGAGUGUAUGACUGGACUUCAGUCUUUAUGAUGUCUGUGCCUUUCUGAACACACAUCGACCUGCCAUGUUUAAUGUAUGUGCGCAUAUAUUGACAGUCCUCUGCCCCUUCUGUUUCUCCUGCCGGACUUUGGGCAGAACUAUUUGUCUUUGGUGCACUGGACAGACUGCAGAGAACCGCACUGAGCAUAUAUUUGAUGAGCGCACGUGUUGAUUUAUGCUCCAAAUUGGCUCUGUGUUAGCACGUGUGUGUGUGUGUGUGUGUGUGUGUGUUUGUUGAAAUGGGAAUAUUUGUUCUGAUGAAAAAUGCAGAAAGUCAGCUGAAUAAAUAAUGGAGGAAUUUCUGAUGCCUCUCAUCAUUGCCAAAUUAGCAUUUGUUGUGUAUUUUGUGCCUAAAUUGUAUUUCAACAUCAUUAAAAUUGAUAGAGUGCUA